AUGUAUGCAAAUUUGGAUUAUUUGAAGAUAACGUUGCCCAGUGAUCCAGAUUGGCAGCUAAGUACUUACAAAAAGUUAGUGGAAAAACAAAGAGACAUGAGCAAGCAAGAAAGUACGAUAGAUGGUCCAGUUUCAGUGGCUUCAUCCUUAAAAGUUGGAUAUUUAUUUGAAACUGCAUUUCAUAAGCCAUCUAAGAAAACAGAUGGACUAUUGGACCGGGAAUACUUAUCAGAACUAGAAAAUGAAUUAGUUGCUGACGAAUUUGAUAGAAGUACUGAACUUUGGACAAAUCGCGAAGUAGUACUUGCCGCCAAAGUUUUGAGUUCCAAAACUCCUAAAAGACAUGGUAUUAAAUUUGCUUCCGACAAUCAGAUGAGGAGAGUGUAUGACAUUAUAUUCGAAGUUUUUAGAUAUAGAACAAUUAUCAACGAAAUUUUACACAACAUUGAUUUUGAAAACAUCUAUCAAAAUCCAAGAAAAUUGGACGAAAACGAGACAAUAAGUUUUAAGGCGCUUAAAUUACUUGAAAUAGCAGAUAUCCUCAAAGAUAUCAAAAUCCAAUUAGCUGCAUCCUUUUCGAAGUUUAAGAUAAAGCAUUGCGCUUUAUCGUUAUCUGAUAUGUUGCCAAGACAUUUACGUAAUGAGCGAUUUAAAAAAUCGUCAGAAACUAUAAUAAGCUGUUGGAUAAACACAUUUUUGACUAGCCCAGAGUACGUGGUAAAUGUAUUAAAAAAAGCAGGAUUAAGUCAAAUGAAGAAUUUUGAAGAUUUGGUUUCAGAAACGUUUAAAAUGGAUCAUUUAUUACCAUACUUUAUACACAUAUAUCCAAAAGAAAAGUCAGAGUUUUUAAACAAGAUGCCCCUAUUCCAGAAAUAUUUGUUGAUUUUACAGGUAUUUCAAUACCCAUUACCAUGGUCCACGAUAUGA